AUGCCCCAAUGCGGCGAACAAAGCUUUUUCGCGUGCGCGUGCGUUGCCGUCCUCUUAGGGCGUGUCGGGUGUUGGUCGGUGGUGCCUUGCCGCCCAGAGGAGGCCUGCAGCGACAGCGCGGCAGCAUCCACAGCCCGGGCGCUGGAGCAAUGGUCUCGAGAGACAAGGGCGAUUGAUUCCGCCGAAGAAAUGAGGCUCCAAGACUUGACCGUGACGGACAUCAGUCGGCGCUGUCGCUUGCUCGGAGGUGAUGCUGAUGUUGGAGUCAUGGCGCGACGGGGAAGCCGGGUGGAAAGGCGGUGCCGAGCACCCAAUCGCGAGCCGGGAAGGAGCUCCUUACACCAGUCGACUCGUUCACGCAGACAAAACAACAGUAAGCCUGCGGGCCAAUACCAGGGCAAUGCUGAAAAGCCUGUGAAUACAGAAGCUAUCGGGUGUCAGUUCGGGCUUGACGUCUAG